AUGUCGCCCGCGCCCGGCCCAGUAGUGUCUGCGGUGACGGCUGGGGACUCCCUGCUGGCGCACUUUUGGGAGCUGGCAGCGCUAGAGGAGGAGGCGCGCCAGAAAGGGGCCAGCGCGCUGGUGGCCAUCCUGGUGAAGGACCAGCGGGAUUUUGAGGCAGAGUCGGGGGCGGAGCAGAGUGGCGACGAGGAUGAACAGGAUGCAGCAGCGGAACGCCCGCCGCUUGGCGCAGCCCGCGCCCACGAUGUGGACCGUGCCCUACGGCGCUGCUCGCCCCUCAUGGUGUAUGCGUUCAAGCGCCUGUGCCGCGGGCUGGGGUCGAGUCGGCACGGCGCACGCCAGGGGUUCAGCCUGGCUGGCUCCGAGCUGAAGGAUGCCCUGCUGGGCCGCAUUUUUGGCUAUGCGGCGGUGGUGAGGUCGGAACGGCCUGUACCUCCAGAGCUGGCAGCCAGCAUGGCAGCGGGCCUUAUGCAGGCGGCGCAGAAGAAGUCGUUCCUGCGGGAGGUGUCGGCCACGGUGCUGCUGGAGCUGUGCCAAGCAGCAGAUGACAGCACACUGGUGGCUCUGGUGGAACGCAGUGGCGCGCCGCUGGCAUCGUGGCUCACCGCGCCGCCCACCGACGCCUCCCCAGAGGCUCUGCUGCUGGCGCUGCGGCUGUGGCCACGUCUACCUGCAGCAGUGGUGCAGUCCUGCCCGCUGCUGCCGGAAGGCUUCCAUGCCAGCACCCCCCUGCCCGCCAACCUGUUCAUGAACAAUGCAGGCGCCGCAAACAGCAAGGCAGUGGCGGUGGCAGCAGCAGCUUUCUUCACGCGGCAUCACCUGACGGCGCUGCUGCCAGUGCUGCGCGCCACCACACAGUCUCACCCACGGCUACACAUCGUGUGGCCCACCCUGCUGGCGCUCCUCAUGCCUGGCUUCAGCGCAGAAAAGGAGCAGCGUGGCACCAAUAGCGGCGCUGGAGCCAUAGUGGCUGCUGGGUUUUGCCCAGCUGCAGGCCCUCUGGAAUCUUUUUGGAGCUGCGUGGUGGAUGGCGACCUGGUGCAGUCCAGCCACGAGCGCAAAUAUCUAGCCUUCACGCUCUUCCUGCUGCUGCUGCCGCACCUGGGCCCGCAACACGUACCCCUGGUGUUUACCCCUGCCUUCUUGCGCUGCCUGGCCACCAAUCUUAAGAAGGGCAAUAGCCACCUGCAUGCCGGCGCCAAGAAAUGCAUGGAGCGUAUCGCAGUACACUGUGGAAAGACCGCCAAGCCAGAGGUGCGCAUUGCGGUGUCGCUGGCACUGCAGCGCCACGGCAGCCCUGAUCUGGAGCGCUAUGCCAGGAAGGCCUCUGGUGACAAAGCCACGGCAGCUGGCGGUAGAAAUGGCGCUGACAGUGACAUCUGCGAAGCUCAUGCUACGGAAUUGGAGCAGUAUGUGCAGCAGCUGCAGGGCACAUUUGUGCAGACCGUCAGCAGCAGCAGCGUGCAGGACGAUGGCGCUGGCGAUGUGCAGCAGCGCCAGUGGGCUAUUGAGCAGCUUUGUGGCGUUCUGAAGCAGGAAUCGGUUCCGGCAGAGGUGAAGCUCCAGGUGUUGCAGUUCUUGGCUGUGCAUGCCCUCUUCUCCAUCGACUCUACAGCUGCCAAAAAGAGCAAGGAUGCGGCAGUCAAGGCGAUGGUGGGGCGCUGUAUAGAUAUCCCCCUGUCUCAGCGCAAACUGUGCGCUGCACGCCUUAUCACCCUGGCGGACGUGCUGGACAAGAAGCAGCAGCUGCAUCAGCAUGGUGCACGCCACACUGCACGUCGGCAAGAACAGCAGGCGGUCUAUCCACAGAAGCUGCAGCCGCAGCUCUACUUGAGUGGCAUGGCAGCGUUCGUGACCAUGCUCCUCCAGUCUGGUGCUGCCCAGCUGGCCACGGCAGCAGAUGGCCAAGAGGGCGCGGCAGAGACUGCCGAGUCAAUGGCUGCCAUCCUUCAUCAGACCCUGCAGCGCCUUCAGGCGCGCUUGGCAGCCGGCGGCGCCAUCCCUUCUGUUGAGCAACAGCGGCUUCAUGCGCUGGCACACCUGCUGUGCCUGCUGCUGUUGCACGCGUUGGCAGACCCCGUUUCUGCCGACCCUGCGCUGGCUGGUGACCUGGACAGGGUGUCCUCCAUGGCCGUGGGCCGUUCUGCCCUGCAGCGCCAGCAGCAGCUGCAGAACGAAACAGCCGUCAGCAGCGUCGAGGGCGACAGCGAGAGCGUCGAGGGCGACAGCGAGAGCGAUGGAGAGGAUGCCGGAGAUGACGAGCAGCCGCACUGGCAUGACACAUUGAUGGAUGUUCUGCUGAGCCUGCUGGCACGCAAUGCGACACCGCUGCCCUCGGCACCGCUGCGGGAUGCGGUGGAGCAUGUGUUCCGUGCCUUUGCUGAUAACCUCACUGCCACGGGCAUGGCUGACAUGCUGCGCGUGCUGGCCAAGCCUCUGGAUAGCAGCAGCGAAGACGGGGAAGACGAUUUGUAUGCUUUCUCAGAUGACGGGCAAGAAGGCGACAGGGAGAUGGAGAUGGAUGCAGAGACGGAGGAGGAUGCAGAGGCGGAGGCCUCAUACAAAGAGGGUGGAGAAGAUGGCAACAGCAGUUCCAAGGAAGACGUGGAGGAAAAGCCUGCUGCAUUGCCGACGGAUGAUGGCAAGAUAGAAGAGGAUGGCGAGAGCGAGGAGGGCGAGAGCAGUGAUGAGGAGGCGAUGUCAGACGAGGCCAUGUUUCACAUGGACGCCAAGCUGGCUAGCUACUUUUCCGUGCUCAAGGAGGGGAAGGGUAGCGAUGGCAGCGCACGCACCGCGCGCCACGAGCUGAUCAACUUCAAGAUGCGGGUGGCGGCACUGAUGGAGGUGUUCUGCAAGCGGAUGCCUACCAGCCCCCUGCUACCCACCGCGGUGGUCCCACUAUUGCUUGGCCUGGCAGCCGCCAGUCGACCUGGUGGCCACCAACCACUGGCCGAGCGCCUGUCCAGCCUCAUUGUGCACAAGCUGUGCGGCAGCAAGGCCGAGGCAGCUGCUGACCGCCUAGUGGCUGAGGAGCUGGGGCAUCAGCUGCGGCGCACACUGUACCUGGCGUCCCGCGCUACCGACAAGCGCGUGGCUACGGCUGCCAGUGCCAGCUAUAUCUUCCUGCAACGAGCAGCGGCUGCCUCCUUGGCAGCCGACUGCCGGGCCAAGGGUUUGCAGUCUGCCAAGGAUGCGCUCUCGGACUUCUUUCUGAAGAAGAAGUCGCGGCUGCAGCGGCUGCUUCUUGAGUCGCUGAUGCGCCGUGUGCCGCGCCUGGUGCCUGAUCUGCUGUCGGAUGUGUUGCGCCAGGCGGCCACAGCACGCAACGAGUACCUGCGUCUGGAGGCCUCCCUGCUGCUGGCUGUGGCGCUGAAGGUCGGAGGCAAGGACCUGCCAGCGGCUCUGGCCAGUAACGAAGCGGCAUCUGCAGCGGCAGUACUGGCAGCUGUUGGCGCGCAAUACAGUAAGCCACAGCGGCAGCUGGAGACGGUCAAGGUGGCCUGCCAGCUGUUGGAGAGCGGCCGAGCAGUUGAGCUGGCGAGCAGCAAGGGUGCCAGGUGGCAGGAGGUGCGCCAUGCCACCACCCGCGCGCUGGAUGCAGCAGCUGGCAACGCAAAACUGUCGGUGGCCCUGCAUCGGCUGGGGGAUCUGCUGGCAGCGCCCGUUUCCGUCUCGGAACAGUUCAGCAAGCGACCCAAGCCAAGCAGCAAGGCUGGGCCAGGAACCAAGAGGCUAAAGGCGUGA